CAGGUUCAACGGAUCUUGCUCUUGUGGCUUAUUAGUAUGUGAAAAAAAAAUUCAAAGUGGAGAAUUAUUCUGUUUUGAUCUUUGGCAACAGAGAUUUACUUCAUCUGUGCACAAGCCACUGGGAAUACCCAUCAAUUUCACUAGGAGAAAUGACACUUCGAAGUCCUCACCAAAAUUUCACUAUGAGUAACAACUGCUCAACUAAUGCCGUGGACAAUUUGACGAAGACGCUGGAUUUGGUGAUCUAUGUGCCCAUCUUGGUUUUUGGACUGCCAUUGAACAUUAUUGCAUUGUUUGUCUUCUGUCAUCUGCUCAGAAAAUGGACAGAGUCCUCCAUUUAUAUGACAAACCUGGCUUUGAUGGACCUACUGUUACUAUUGCAGCUACCCUUCAAAAUACAUGCAACACACCACAUGUGGGCACCCGAUAAAAGGCUUUUCUGCUCUUUCUUAGAAAGCCUAUAUUUUGUGGGUAUGUAUGGUAGCAUCUAUACAAUUGCCUGCAUAGCUUUAGAUCGAUACAUUGCAAUAAAACACCCAUUUCGAGCCAAACAGGUGCGUUCGAGAAAAACAGCCGUGAUUGCUUGUAUUUUAAUAUGGGUGUUUGUUAUGGUAGCAAUUUCACCCAUCUACACCUUUCGAGAAGAUACACCGAAUAAGGUGAAUUUCCGCUGUUUCCAUGGUUUCUCUAAUAAGGGUUGGACUACUGCAAUUAUUGUGUGUUUGGAGUUCUUCGGCUUCCUGUUACCUGCUUUCGUACUGGUACUUUGCUCUGCUCAGAGCGUCCAUACGCUCAAGGCCUCAAAAAGUAGCAAUCCCAAAAGGCAGGCUGGGGUGAGAAUCAUCUAUAGCAGCCUAGCAGCCUUCCUAAUACCCUUCACCCCUUGUCACCUGGCCAUCCUCCUUCAGUAUCUGGUCCGUAAUGACUUUCUUUUAGACUGCAAACAUCAAGAGAACAUUGCUCUGUUCAUACAGGUGUCUAUGAGCCUUGCAAACAUGACCAGCUGCUUGGAUGCACUUUGCUACUAUUUCAUUGCAAAGGAAGUUCGAUCCACCAAGAAGACAGUUAGACUGAGCAUCAGUAGAGCAAGGGCCACCAGUACCUCAGAAGUAUGAGAUGUAAAAUUCUAUUUAUGUCUCUUUUCAUAAUGUGUGCUGACGACUUCCAGUGGAUCUUAACAGCCACAGAAACAUCUUAUUUUUAAUUCAUUUUAAAAACACAACUGAAGGUUCAAUGCAUGUUGCAUGGAAAUCUUUGUAGAAAAUAUUGUUUGUAAUGUCUGUGCCACUCUUGGUGCCAAAUGGAAUUGGAAUUGGUUUGUUUGAGUGGACUGGAAUAACAAUGCUGGUUUAACCAAUUGCGUGAAUUUGGGGGCGGGUCUAUCAGUUUGUCCAAAGUAAUAAUAGAGCGCAACAGUUGGGUUCCAGAUGUAAAAAUCUAAUUUAUAAAUGUUUAAAGACAGACCUACAACGAGGUUGGUAUUUGCUUCUGUUGAAGCCUUAUUUCAACUGCAUUUAAAAAAAAUCUUGUUUAAUAGUGCAAUUUCUCAUGAUGAAUGACACUAGCGAUGAUCCUGAUGGAAAACGAUCUACCAAUUAGAUAAUCACAACCAAAAAAGUGCAGCAAACGAGACCGGCAGCAACCACCCACUCCCAUGACGUACUGUGAAUGACACCACUAAGUAUAUAUAUUUGAAUAUUUAGCAAUAAACUGGAAAUAUAUUGUUUCUAUACUUAUUAUCAACAACUUUGAAUCGAUAGUUUUAUAUUAUUGUAGUUAAUUCCCUCAUGUUAGACUUUAAGUACACAGUCUUGUACCUUUGCCUUUUUGUCUAAUUUCUUUCUUUCUCUUUU